AUGGCCUUAUACAAAAGUGAAGGAUUAAACCGUAUCCUGCCAAAACUUUAUCUCAAAAUAGUUCCUGUUACUCAAAAUGAAACUACUCUUUAUGCAAAUGAUGGUGAUCAAAGUAUCCACAUUAGUGAUUUUUACUGUGAAUCUAUCAGACAUCUCAAACUUUCAAAAUAUGAAUGUGAAAUAAAUAGUUUACUUCUUGAUCACUUGCGUCUUAAAUAUACCUAUGCAUGUGUUGCUAUCUAUCCAGCUCAACUUGACUUUGCAGCUCAAAGAUCAUGCUUAAGAAAGGUUUGCUGGUUUGCUUACCAUUCUCAACAUUUUAUGAGUGCUUAUGAAUUUGGACUUUCUGAAAAAGCUACUGAAUUUGCAGUAAAGAAAUAUUGUUCUUAUCAUUGGAUUCUAAAAAAAGUUCUUGAAGAAAUUGAAAAAUUCACUCAUAAUUAA